AGUUUUUCCUAAAUUCAUUCAUCAAAUAAUUUCUCUCUGGAUUUCAAAUCCCUAUUUCACUUCCGAUAUAAGAGAAGAGCUUAUUGGAGGACAUUGUCAGUUUGUCACGGUGCCACACAUCUGAGUAAUUUAAGUUCAGCUUUUGACAGAUGGAUCGUCCUAGAUAUUUGGUUGAUAUGGGUAACCUCGAGCGCAACCGAACGAAAAAGCUUGCGAGGAAGAGAUCCCGCAAGGAGGGAUGGGGAUGCGAUGACCGACGAACAACUAGAACAAGAAUUGCACCGACAUAAUUCCCGUUUUUUUCAAGACCAACCGAGGACCAUUAACGAAGAAGAGCUCGAGGACGAGGACGACGAUGUGGAGGAAGUAAUUCCGGAGAGCCACGACGAGGAGGAGGAGGAGGAGGAGGGUGGCGGCAGCCAUGACGCCGACCAGCCUGCCUCAUCCCAAACAGGUACAAAAAAAGUAAAUCUGAACUAAUGGCUAAUAAUUUUUCUAAGUGGAAGGACUCAAACACCGGGAAUUGGACCGCAACUUGCAAUUGGUGCAAGAAAAACUAUAGCUUGGGGAUUUCCGGCGGAUACGAAUCCGCCACAAGACACCUUAAGUCCAAACACCCGGUGGAGUAUGCAAAAUUAGGCGGCGGAACGGGGAAGCAAACUCAAAUAUCGAGGUUUGCAAAUAACUAACAAGCUUUUGGUAAUUUCUCAUACAAUGAUGCACAAAAUUUGACUGGUAUGGCUAACUUACUUGUUGAAGAAAAUUUUCCUUAUUUGUUUUCUGAAAGUCUUGCUUUUCGUGAUUAUGCACAAACUUGUUUAAAUCCGUAAUAUAGAGGUUAUAGUCGCAAAACGGUUAAGAAAGAAAUUUCAAGGCUUUAUGGUGCGGAAAAGGUAAGGUUACAAAAUUAGUUUGCAAACUUUGAUGGACGUGUUACUGUAUGUUCUGACAUAUGGGAGGAUACUUAUCAUAAUUUACAUUAUUUGGGUCUGACUGUACAUUAUAUUGAUAAUGAUUGGCAUAUGCAUAAACGUAUUCUUGCUUUCCGUGAAUUUAAUGAUCGUCACACCGCUGAACAUAUUUAUAUUUUGAUUGAACGUAUUUUAAUUGAGUAUAAUUUAAUUGAUAAGGUGUUUGCUAUUGGUUUUGAUAAUGCUACUAAUAAUACUGCUGCAAUUCCUAGAUUGCGUGAAUUGUGUGGUUCUAUUUCUUUGAUGGGUAGAUUUUUUCAUCAACGAUGUGCAUGUCAUGUUCUAAAUUUAUGUGUGCAAGAUGGUCUAAAUGCGUUGGGAGCAUCGUUGGAGGUAGUCAAGGGGGGAUUAGACGUAUUUGGGGUAAUGGACAACUUAGGAAAAAAUGACAUGAUUAUUUGAUAGAAAUAGGUGAGAGGUAUGUGGCUUUUCUUAAAGAUUUGUCUAUUCGUUGGAAUAGUACCUAUAAGUUAAUUGGAGUUCUUCUUAGAUAUAAACAACAUUUUCUUGCUUUUAUGAAACAAUAUGAUAACUAUAUUAUAAACCCGGCUGAGAUUGACACCUGUGAAAAAAUUUGUAAUGCUUUGAUAUAUUUUAAUAAUGCAACUGAAACUUUUAGUCAUGUUUAUAAACCUACCUCAAACCAAUUUAUUCGUGAAGCUGUUAAUCUCGCCGGUGCUUUUUCAAAUUUUGAGAAUACUGAUUAUGUGAGUUAUUUUACUGGUUUCAUGAAGGAAAAGUUUUUAAAAUAUUAUUCACAUAUUCCGCAUAUUUAUGGUAUUGCAUUUGUUCUCGAUCCUCGUUUUAGACUUGGUUCUUUAGAAGAAUGUUUGAAUUAUUAUUAUGCUGCUUUUUUUGGUCCAUUGCCAAUGUAUGAGGACAACCCAAUUGAUUCGAAAAAAGAAUACAACGAGGUUAGUGAUAUAUUUUAUGCAUUAUUCAAUUACUUUCAUGAAC